UCAGUGGGAGUUGCUCGGGUGAGCAAGGAGACGACGAAGCUGUCAAACACCAACAGUCGUCUGAAAUAUUACCCCGGGCGAACAAAAUAUAUACAAAAAACAUACUACUUUGCUCUUGUGUGGAAACAAAGACGGCAGAAAUAGACUUCGAGUUGACUUAAAGAAUUUAGCCUUCGGAAAUGUGGACUUUUCACCCGCUGCGAAGAAAAACUUCUUGUUUUGUGUGUGUUGGUAGUGGAUCUCAGGCUAAUGUCUGUCAGCAUUAGCUCUUGGUUUAGCUCGAGUUUUGUUGACAAACUAGCCAGUCAGCUAGUCACUAAGCUAGCUGCGUUGCAAACUUUGUUGUUUCGGGGGUUAGUCUGUCGUUUUCGAUAAAUGCUUUCUGGGAGAGGCAUGGAACCGAGCUCGAGCUGCUCUUGCAAACAUCUCUUUGAAAUAAAAACAGGUCUCCAAGGACUUGCUAUAUAUCUGUCAAAUAUGUGAAGUCCCUCUCAUCCUGGCGGACUCCUCUGUUACGAGCAGUGAGGAACUGGUCUAGUGGGAAACCUCUUGGCCAGGAUUUGUCACCAGGGGUGUCCUAAACAAAAUCUGAGAGUGAAGUCUAUGCGUGUGACAUAUUUUCUCCCAGGACACAAACUGAGUAAAUUCUGUGCUGCCGUGGAACCCUCGGCACCAUUAAAACAAUCUAGUCCUCUUGUCAUGUGGGUACAUUACAGAAAAAGGCUCGUAUUACCCUCACUGGUCUCACCAUCUUUCACAUCACCAUGGACCGGAAUAAACGCAACUCCAUUGCUGGGUUCCCCACACGACCUGAACGCCUCAAUGAGGACAGGGAUGGUAUCGGAGGGCUAGGGGUCUGCGAGAUGGGCAUGGGCCCGCCUCCACAGGUGGGCAGGGUGUGGCCAUCAUCCUACAGAGCCCUCAUCAGUGCCUUCUCUUGUCUUACACGCCUUGAUGACUUCACCUGUGAGUGGAUUGGCUCUGGAUUCUUCUCUGAUGUCUUUAAGGUACGUCAUCGAGCUUCAGACCAAGUUAUGGCUCUAAAGAUGAACAAGCUCAGCAGCAACAGAGCAAACAUGUUGAGAGAGGUCCAAUUAAUGAACCGGCUUUCACAUCCAAACAUACUCAGGUUCAAGGGAGUGUGUGUCCAUGAGGGGCAGCUUCACGCUCUGACGGAGUACAUCAAUGGUGGAAACCUGGAGCAGCUUCUUGACAGCAACAAACACCUGAGUUGGCCCACCAGGGUGAAACUGGCCUGUGAGAUCGCCAGUGGUCUGGCCUAUUUGCACUCUAAAGGCAUAUUCCACCGGGACCUCACCUCCAAGAACUGCCUGAUCAAAUGUGAUGACAAUGGCUACACAGCAGUGGUUGGAGACUUUGGUCUGGCGGAAAAGAUCCCCACUAAUCUUGCUGAAGGAGAGAAGCUCUCAGUUGUCGGUUCUCCUUUCUGGAUGGCUCCAGAGGUGCUGAGAGAUGAAUCCUACAAUGAGAAGGCUGAUGUGUUCUCCUAUGGAAUAAUCCUGUGUGAGAUCAUUGCAAGGAUACAGGCUGACCCUGACUUCCUGCCCCGCACAGAGAACUUUGGCCUGGACUACCACACGUUCCAGCACAUGGUUGGAGACUGUCCGCCAGAUUUCCUCCAGCUGGCUUUCAACUGCUGCAAUAUGGACCCUAAACUCCGACCAUCCUUCCCAGACAUUGUCAGGCACCUGGAGGAGAUUCUUGCACGCCUUAAAGUGGAAGAGAUGGAGCAUGAGUGUGUCCCGCUCAGUGGGGACAAUGACAUGAAGACCAUACCCAAAGGUGAGAAGAUCCAAGGGUUCAAGCGACUGAACCCUCUUGGUUUCCAGGAUGACAAAAUCCCACCAAAAUCACCCCGUCCCCGCCGAAACAUCUGGCUCAGCCGCAGCCAAUCAGACAUUUUCUCCUGCAAACCAAUAAGAAAAGUCAAUGUCCAGGACCCUUACUACACCCCCCCCACUACUCAGCGAGCCUCCAAAGGCCGCAAGAUCAACCCGUUCACCGCCCGAGAGGACCUGUGCGGAGGCAAGAUCAAGUUUUACGAUGUGCCCAGCAAGUCUGUCUUCUCGCUGGUGUUUGACCUCCACUCACCUCCGGGGAGCGCUUUCUGUAACCAGCCAUCUGCUUCUGUGGGACCCCAACAGGAGGCGUCUUAUUACUGGCAGCAGCUGCCAGGAAGACAGUGUCACUCCUUACCAGUGUCACCCCAACUGCCCCGCUCCGAGGUCUUCCACCUCGCUGCUGCUCUUAGCUCAAAUAACAAUGGUUCUCUUACCUGUAACUCCAGCCAGCUGUCCACAACACUGCCAGCAACUUACUCCAGGUCUGAUGCAGGCCAGACUGGAAAUGACAGCCGACAGAAAGCAAUGCUGGGCGGCUGGGCGAAGAAAUAUGUUGUGGUUGAGAUCCCACCUUACUGCAGGCAGAGAGGAGGGGAGGAGGAUGGAGAGGUAGAUGGCAGGAAGGAAGGGAUCAAGGACGACGUGUUUGGGGAGAGCUGGUCUCCGAUGGUCCCCAGCAGCGAGAGAGAUGGUGGAGAGGCGAUGGACUGCUCCUGCAGCCUGGAGGAUGAGGAGGAACGAGAAAGAGGGACAGACGCCUGCUCAAUGUAACUGAUGUAAACCCACACACUCACACAUGGAGGAGGUGGUGGGGAGCAUGUGGUAGUUUUGGACAAGAGAUGGGGACUCUGACUCCUGACUGAGAGAACAUGGACGAGGAUUUUAAAAAGUAGACUGACGGACUGGUCACAUUUCAAAGAUUUUGGAAAAUAUAACGCAAAAAAAGUAAAGUAAAAGCACUUGAUUUUAUCUCUCAAGUGAAUGUAUCACAUGUUCAAUAAAUCAAGCACACCUGAUUUAGAUAAAUAAAUAUUUUUCAAAGCUGUUAUCAGGUGUGACAGAGCAAGGUGGACAGUCUCCAUUUAGUGCAAAAAAAAAGCUUUUAUCAACACAAUGGACACUUGGAAUAGAGAUUAUUUUUUUGAAAGGUUGUUUAUAUUUACUAUUGUGAGAUGAUGUAGAUUUUUUUCCUUAUACGUUUCUUAUAUUAGGCGUCUUGUCCAUGACAAGAAGUACUUAAGAUCCAUUGUGUUGUGUAUGUGAGUGUUUAUAAUCAGAAAUGUGUUUUGAUACCUUACCCCUGUGUUCUUUGUAAGACAAAUGCUUAACUAAAUCAAAAACAUCAUCCAAACUUUUCUCAUUAAUUACACUGUGCCCUGACAUUCAGCUGAAAAAUUGGAGAUGAUUUAUUAUAACUGUGCCUGAAACGCGGCACUCACGAGACAGAUGUUUAAUCUCAAGCCAUCCUUUGUUCUCAAACUUCAGGAUUCAACAACGAUUCGGUCUAAAAAUUCUAGAAGUCAGGCUUAUUUGUCCAGUAAGAUCAGCACUCACAGUUAACCCCGUGACUGUUGCAUUGUCAUUAUGAGCUUUUUAUGGACCUUACCAGUGGUUUUAAUAUCUCCUAGAUAUUAGGCCAGUAAACGAGUAUAAGAGACUGAUUUAUCUCCGCUAAACCUCUCACCUAACUCCACUAGGUUGAAUUCCAACCUAAUUUUAGUGUUUUGAAAAAGAAGCACAUACUGGUAAUUAUCUUUUGACUAGAGAGAAAAAUAAACAGACAAGUUGUGUUUUAAAAAAAAAUUGAGCAUCUGAAAAAUGUUUGUUCUAUCACACAUUAUUAGUUCUUAAAUACAUUUUAUUGCUCUUUAAUUAUUUCAAGUUCAAAAUUGUCUUUAAAAUACAGUGCAUAUUUUCUUGUAAUUGGAGUCUCUCAUAUUCUGAAACACUCUUGUGUGGUUGCUGCUAACAUUUAGUUGAACCUGUUUCAUUAAAUUGGUGGUCUCAUGGUAUUUUCUACUUUUACUGAUGCACUCCGAUGAAUAUCUUAAAACAGAAUUGGUGUGCGACUUCCUUUUUGAUUGUCACUAUGUUUUGCUGUCCACUUCCUGUGCUUCAUAGAUGUGGAAGAGGUGAGAUUUGAGAGCUGAAUGUGUUACAGACGAGAGUUAAAGCAGCGUUUCUUCAUCUUAAAUGAACAUUAAAAAUCACUGGGAAGGUGUGUUUAACAUCAUAGAUAUACCUGUUAAACAUGAUGAGCCAUGUUUGCCUCUGCUCCAGCACUUGUUUAUGAUCUUCUUGUUACUCUGCUGAUCUCAGUCUGCUCACUCCAAUAGGAACUAAAAUGCACUUGUACAGUGAUCUCUUCUUAACGACUUAUCACUACUUUUCUAUGCAACAAAUGUAACUUUUAUCACAAUGUUUUACAGGAUAAAGGAUCUAAUUUGAUAUUUAUGAGAAAACAUUUUUAAUGUCUUACCUUUGUAUAUUUGUGUAAAAAGUUUGUGUUACCUGCCUCAAUGAAUACAGAUUGAGUUGUUUUUGCUGAUCGUAUAAUGAAGCCUCCCUGACUUUU